AUGAUGGACCUCCGCAGGAUCUCGUGGGACAUUAUGGACUUGUUUGGCCUAAAGAGCCACAAAGCACAAGAACUUGGCGAAUUCACUGACCACGAGAAAGAGAUGAUGAGUGUCCACUUGCAGCCACACCUGCAGCAGAUGCAGAACAUCCAUGAGGAUCUUGGGAGCCUGACUAUCCCCGAACCGUCGCCGUGGAUGAUUGCACCACCAGCAGACCUCGAUGCUUCGGAGUCAGCCCAGCAUCACUGGUCCUGGCUGUCGCCGGAAGAUAGCGUUCAGGUCAUGGCAUGGCCGACACCCGUGCAGGUGCCCGCAGUUGGAAUCUACACCUCGAGCAGAGCAUACGACUGCAUGCAGGCCGCCCGGUGGUCUCUGCAGCUCAGGGUGCGGCAUCUCCAUGUCGCAGGCAAUCCGCGCUGCCUUCGGGUUGUCGGAUCUGUCCUGAGGCAUCGCUGGCAACAAGCAAGGCGGCUGUUUAUCUCGGUGGCGCUCUCGCGGCAUUCGCCGGACCUGAGGAGAAGCGGCUUCAAGGCCAAUCUCGUUCUGCUGCAUGAGCAUUCUGCGGACUGGGCGGGUCGAGGUCCCUUUGCAUUGCUUGGGCGCGAAUUCUGCGACUGGACACCGUACGUGGGGAGUCAAUGCGUGAACCCGGGCAGCAGCGAGCUCUAUGUCUCGAUGGCACAUGCCGAAACGACUCUUGCUGGUGUCGUGAUACGAUUGGUGCUGAACAAGGCCUCAGCCUUGUUUCCGGCACUGCAGCCGCGGCAGGAUCCCCACAUCCAGCAGAUGGCGGUCGCGCUUGGUCAAACACCACCUUCUUUGCUCGCACAGCUGCACCUGCAGGGAGGCCGUGGCGUCUUGUUGGAAGUGCCUCCAAGCUUGGGAAGGCUCCAUGAGGACCUUCGUCCUUUGGGCCGACAUUCGCUUAGCUGGACGCACCUCCAGCGGCUGCGCGAGCUCCCAAGCCUGGCUGCCGGGAAGAUCGGGGAGCACCCUGCCGACACCAUCGUCCUUCGGGCCGCCGACCUCGCCGGCGUGCCGUCUUCGAGGCAGAAGCCGGCGAUGGAGGAUGUCUUUGGACUGAGCGAUGUGCCCCUCCACCAGCUGCACGUGCAGGUGGAGGAGAAGCUUCAGGAAGCCCUGGAAGUCGUGCUUCCGGAUCUGGAGGCUGCUCCUUGCCUCAGCGCAAGAAACUGCGACCGCCCCGGAGGUGCGGACGCUGUCUCCCGCGCCGACUGCCUGUUGAAGUCCUUCAAAGCGCCAGAGGCCCACGGCGGCCGACAAGAAGACGUUUUGCCAGCCAUCUCAUGGAAGGAGUGGGCCGACGUCAUGACGGCAAGGCUCGACGAGGCCGCUCGGCACCUCGAGAAGUUGCUCAGCUUCGACUUGCCCCAUGAGAUGCCGCGGCAGCCGCGUUUCGCGGUCUUGGAUGACUUUCUGCCGACUGCGGUGGCCGCAGCACUCUCGGAGGAGCUACCAGACCGUUCCCUGGACCUUUGUGGCGUUUUGCGCGACUGCUCCUUGGGCGAGUUGAAAUGCGAGCUGCAGUCGGAAAAGCACGAGUUCGGCAGGAUCAGCAAAGCUAUCAGCACGCCCUGGGCGCUCGAGGUCAGCCACUUUGUCCUGUCCGAGCCGUUCCUUGAGCUGCUGGCGAAGGCCACCCAUCGGCGUUUAAGACCAGCGCCUGGAUUCUUGCAAGGCAACCUUCUGGAAACGCUUCCAUCCGGGUACUUGGGUUUGCACGAGGAUCGUUCACAACGGGUGCACAGGGAUGCCCCUCCCACUCCCUUCGAGGACAGUCGGCUCCCACGCGUCAACGCCAUACUCUUUGUGAACGACCUCGAUGGUGCAGGCUACACAGGAGACCUGGAGCUGUGGUCUUUGGACGGAGAUUGGCCUAAUCUGCUUCCCAAGAAGCCCGUCGCGCGUGUGGCGCCCAAGAGUAACCGCCUUCUGCUCUUCGACACCGUGCGGGGCGUCCACGGCCUCCCCUGGCCACUGCUGGGGAACCAAAGUCGCAGGGUGCUGCAGUGGUACUUCGUGGAGGAGGGCACCGAUCAUGCGCCGGCGCUGGUCCGCCACAACUUGCCUUCAAGCUGCGGUUCAGACUGCUACCGCGAUGUACAGGAACUCUGA